ACUCGCGAAAAGGGUAAACUAGUGACGGGACACCGCCGCCGGCCGGCCGCACCGACCCCCCAAUCAAAUUGGUACAACAUGUCUCUCUCCGCUACCUUCAAACGGCGGCUCGCAGCGCCUUCUCUGCCGUCUCGAUUUCAUAUUCUCGUACGCCGAUUCCGAUCAGACGCCGCUCUGGAAGCAAUACGCGAGGCGUCGGAAAAUGAAACCCCGAACUUGGUCCUGUACAAUUACCCCUCAUUCUCCGGAGCUUAUGGAGCAUUGUUCGCGCACCUCUAUCAUUCUCGAAUUAACCUCCCUUGCCUCAUUUUGCCCUUUUCCUCCGCCGCACCUUUCAGGGUUGACGAUUUAUGCAUCGAAGGAAUGAAGACAUGCUAUUUCCUAGAUUUUCUGGGUCCAAAAGAUUUUGCACUGGAGCUUUCCAGGCGAACAUCAUCCAAGAUCAUUGGAUUUGAUCACCGAAAGUCAGCGCUCUGCCCAAAUCCACCAAGUGAAAAUUCUGAUAUGAAACUUAAGUUUCAUGUAAAUAUCGAGAAGAGUAGCUCCACUGCUGCAUAUGAAUAUUUCUGUUCUAAACUUUCAGAGACGAGAUUUGAUAAUGAUGAUAGCAUAAACCUGCUAAACCACGACGACAGAGAGCGGGUGGAGAUGGUUCUCAAAUACAUUCAAGAUGGAGAUCUUCGCCAGUGGAGCUUACCUGAUAUUAAAGCAUUUAAUAUUGGACUAAAAGAAUGGCGCUCUAAAUUGAACUGCAUCACUAAUUCAUCCAUGUUUCAACAGUUGAUGGAGAUCAGCUGUGCAGACUUGAUCACAAGAGGAAAUGCCUAUCUUUCUGGUCGACAGACUGCCGCAAAUAAACUGCUGCGUAAGGUUUUUAGAGUUCGGUUGGGCCGAGGAUUUUAUGGGGAGUGUCUGGGGGUUAGAGCUGAUGGAAAUUCAGAUUUCAGCGACGAAAUCGGGAAGGAACUCAGCCAAAUGAGUGCGACAGCUGGAUUGAGGCCUAUUGGAGCUGUCAUACACAUGCAGCGUAAUAAUUUAAAAAUGUGCCUCAGGACUCUAGAUAGCAGUACUGAUACUUCUGAAGUUGCUAAGGCAUAUGGUGGUGGGGGUUCCCCAAGUUCGAGCUCCUUUAUCAUUCGCAUGGAUGAAUAUAACCAGUGGCUUUCAACGCAGUCUUCACCAAUACGUCAGUCAAGCGGUCGUCAUUGAUACUCUGCAAAUGAAGGGGAAUGUGUACGAAUGCAAUCUAUCAGUUCACCUGGUUUGUUGUGGCUG